UACUACUUGUGUUCAGUCAGCUAGCUUCGCUUGUAUCGUUCACAGCGCCGCCGCUGUCGUUGCCGCCGAUGAUCUGCGUCGUGCGUGUCCCGUCUCGCCGCGCCGUCGUGUUGAUAACUUGCGAAGUAGUGAACGAAAAGGAUGUAUGUAUAUGUACGUCUCGUCUUUCAGUUGACUUUCAACGUCGUUUUGUAGCGAACGUUUCGCACGGAUAUCGAAAAGAAUUGCACUAUCGCUACGUAAUAAACUUUGUUGAGUCUUAUUUGAAUAUAUAGACCUUAAUUUACUAAGUGAAACACAUUUUAUUCAAGUUUUUGCCAUUUACGGCGUCAAGACGUGAAACCAGAUCCUGGAAAGUUAUUAUAAAAGGAUAGCGUCGCCGAAAGCGUGGCGCAAUGCAGUGUAUGUUUGGUUGCGGAUGUAAACUGUGCUUUACGAAGUUCGUAAGAGACGUUUUACACGUCACUAAUAAUACUGGUGGUGAGCACUCUGGGAGUGCUUCGUAGUCAUGCUGCCCAUGGUGCAGCCCGACCCUGUGAUCUUCAACUGCGGAGGCCACUCUGCAAAUGGAGCCACAGCACCGUCCAUCGCCUUGCCUCCGUCGCUUACACCCGAUUCUGACGUAGAUGAACUAGUAGACAUCUUUUUCGAUGUUGACGUCACUGUUAACACUUUUCCAAGAAUUGAAUCCUGUGACCUCCAACUGGGAGACACAUGGAGGGGGAUGCAAGGCAAGAUGAGCGUGACAACGCCGGUUAAGAAGAUAAGAAAAAAGUCAGACAGUAAACCGCAAUCUCAAAUAAACAAGUGCCACAACGAAAAGAGACGGCGCGAGCUUGAAAACGAGACGAUCAAUCAGCUCGAAGAGCUCCUCGGCACGUGUUUAGCUGAAGUAAAGCAACCUGACAAGAACGGAAUAGUCCGGGAGGCCACACGGCAGAUAGAAGAGGUGCUGAAGAGACGGGGCGAGUGCCCCGGCGAGUGCCCGGUGCGCAACGCUCAGUGUCUUUCGCCGGUGCAGGCGGGCGAGGUUAGCUCUACGCAGCCUCCCGCUUGUUUGCAUUACACGGAGAUCACCACACUUAUUGAGGCUCUCAAGCACUACACCGGGAGUCUUGGUUGGGUUUUAUUGGAAAUAAACUCCAAAGGCGAAAUCGAAUGCGUCACUGAAAAUAUCAAGGAACUUGUUCUGCAGGACAGAACAGAGUUGUACAAGAAAUCUAUUUUCUCUCUGUUGCACGUCAACGAUCAAGCUAAAUUAAAGCCUUUAUUGAGAGUAAUACAGUCUUUCGCCUGGGGUUCAGGUGAAAUUGAAAAGUUUCAAGCUAUUCAAGCCAGAUUACUUGUCAAGAAUACUGAUGGGACUGAAGGAACUGGGUACGUGGAAGCAGUGAUCCACGCUGCGCCGGUGCGCGGCUCGUCUUCGGAGGAGGCCGGCUCCGUCAUGUGCGUCAUCCGGCGCCGCGAGGACGCGUCGGCCGCUCUUCUCCCCUUGGACGGUGGUCCGCCCGCCAUCGCCGCCAAGCAGUCUGAUCAUAUAGUCUUCCGAUUGGACUGCAAUUAUAUUAUUCUCUCUUGUGAUUUACGUGGAGUGGAAAACAUUAUAAACUGCCCAGUGUCUCUUGUGGGUACUCGUUACUUGGAACUAGUUGAUAGUGGUGACCGCGUGGUUGUAGUGGCGCAUUUGCAGCAGACCGGGCAGUACUCGGCACCGCCCAGCGUCAGCCCGCCCUUCCGCAUCCGGCUGGGCGCGUCGCUGCCCGCGCUCCGCGUCAGCGCGCGCUCGCGGCUGUUUCGCGCGCAGCCCUCCUCCGGCGAACCCGACUUCAUCAUGUCCACGCACACCCUGCUCGGCGACGACGACCUCGACCUCCUCGACGCCGAGACCUCCCGCCCGCCCGUCGGCGGCCCCCUCAUGACCUCCGUCGCCAACGGCGAGUCCUCCAACUGUGAUCGCUACCGCUCGCCGAUGUGUCCCGGCGGCGAGUUUCUCAACGAUUUCGACCUCGACCCCGACCCGUGGGGCUCGAGCUUUCAGCUGGGAGACAUGUCCGGCGAGGAUUCCAAGGAUCGCAAGGACACGUCCGUGGAGCCGCCAGCGACGCCGCAGACGCCGCGCGCGCCGCCCACGCCGGGCGAGGGCCCGCCCUCGGUCGCUCCCGUGGAGGAGCCCAAUCGGCUGCGGACGCUGCUCAGCAAGAAGCCCGUGCCCGGGGACGCUGCGCUCAACUCCAACAAUCGUAUCCUGAAAGACCUGCUCAAGCAGGAGGACGAAGAAGCGACGGGCAGUGAGACGUCCGCGCCGCACACGCCGCUGACGCCGCACACACCCCACACGCCGCACACGCCGGCCGCGGCCAUGUCGCCGCUGCACUCGCGGCCCUCGCCGCACCCCGCGCACCCCGCGCACACUGCUCACCCCGCACACCCUGCCGGGCCCGCGCACCAGCCACACACCAUGCCCUCUCACAACUCUGAAGUUUUGCUCAGGAUACUGAACGACAAAUCGGAUGAAGACGGCGACGAUCGUCGGCAACUCGACAGCCGCAACACCUCGCAACCUUGCGCGUUGCUCUCACAACUGUUGUCGAGCAGCAACGGUCCGUCCGGCAAUGGCCGCAGCCAGGACUCCACUGAUAACUACCUCGAGAGAAUACGCGCGGUCAAACACAAGCUGGAAGAAAAGGGAGCCGGCAACGCUAAGCGACCCGCCACGUCUGAAAGCCAACAGCAGGUGUCAUCGUCGGCGGUCCCGCCCGCGUCAUCAGCGGCGCCGUCGCCCGCGGCCGCGCCUGCCACCACUAGCAGCGCGGGCAUGAGCCAGCUCUGCCAGAAGAACCAAAUCCUAGUGUCGCUGCUGGCGCGACAGCAGACCACGCCCACCACGCCGCUGCCGCUGCCCAACCCCAACCUCCGCGCGUAUGGCCCCGCGCCCCGCCCCAGACCCCCGCCCCCCGCGCAGAUGCCCCAGCAACGGCAUCACCACUCCACGCUGUCUACCAUACUCACUGGACCUGCGCACCGAGCGAGUAACGUGAACGGCGGUCCGGGGUCGCUGGGCGGCGGGGCGUUGGGCGGCGCUGAACUGGCGCAGAGCCACUUGCAGAUGGUGCUGCAGGGCCGCGGAGCCUACCCCCCGCACUCUGCGCCACACCCCGUCACCACCCAACACUACACCGCCAACCAGCACUACAGCCAACCCGGCAGCAGCAGUCGGGCGGUGGCGGGCGGGGACAGCGAGGUGCCGAGCGACCAGACGCUGUCGGACAUCCUGGACGAGGUCAUCGACCACAUGCCCGACGCCGACCGGCCCGCGCCCAGCGUCAGCGUGCUCAUCGACCUCGAGACCCGCCGUGACUAUGGGGGAAAGGCGAAAAAUGAUGUGAUAAAUGCGAUCACAAAAAGUCUCAUGCAAUGCGAGACUGUGACCAAAAGUCCCGUGUCGUCAAGUCCUGGCCCACCGCCUGUGUACGCCGUGCAAAGUCCGGUGUCUUGCAACAUGGGCAGCAUGGGCAGCAGCGGCGGCAUCCACUACGUGCGGCCCGAUGGCACCCGCUCGCGGCAGCUGGAGGAGCAGCACGCGCGGCUGAUGCAUCUGCAGCAGCGGCAGCAGAUGCUGGUGUCGCCGGAGGCGGACCAGCCGCAGGCGGACCUUGGCUCCACCAUCAGUGCGCUGUCGGAGACGCCGCCCAAUGUAGCGCUCACACGCACUGACUACCAUCACAUAUAUCACCCCGCCAAUCAAAUGGGUUCAAAUUACGGUACAAAUAAAAUUACGUCGACGCAGCAAAAUCCUAUGCUGAGUCGUCAAUUAAGCGGGUCAGGCGUGGGCUACGCGCCGCACUCGGCCGCGGCUCUGCACACCCCGCUGUCGGCGCCGCCGCCCCCACCGCAGCCCUACCUCCGCGCGCCGCGCCCGCAUCUAGUGGGCGGCUACUACGACGACGGCGCCGGCGCCGGCUACUGCGGGGACUACGCGCGCCGCGCGCCGCACCACCUCCCGCACCAGCCGCUGCCGCACCCCCACCACGACCCUCCGAUGCCUUGCGCUGGCAACGGCAGCGGGGCGGUGGGUGCGGGGGGUGCGGCGGGCGGGAGCGGCGCGGGGGCGAGCGGUACCUCGGAGUACGUGCGCAACGAGCUGCGCGCGGUGGUGGGCGCGCGGCUGCAUCCGCCGAUGCAGUCCGACCUCGACCCGCUUAUGACCUUCGACAUGACCUCGUCAGGUGGCGGAGCGGGCGGCCGCGCGGCGGCGGCUAGCUGGGAGUCGCCUCAGACCACCGCGAAUACUACGGAGGCGGGCACGGCGGAGGCGGGCUCGGCGGCGGGCGGUGAUGAGGCGGGCGCGCCGGACGCCAAGGCCAGCGCCUCGCUGCUGCAGAAGCUGCUGUCGCAGUGAGCCGGCCCGGCUCUCCUUGCAUUUACUUCCCUCGCCUCGCCCAUUGCGGUCUACUACCUGGUACCUCUGCGGCUGUAAAUCUCACCGACGUGGGAUUAAUAUAGUACACGUAUUUAUAGAGCGUCUCGCGCAUAGUCUAGUAGUGCUAGUGAUAUUUCGUUCGAGAAGCGGCCGCUUCUCGAAUCCUCCGAGAACGUCGCUCGAGUUCGACAUUUACGUUUCUGUAUCUGUAUGUAACUAUAAAUUUAACGAUGCGAUGCGAAAAACGAUGGUAGCUUCCUGAGAAGGAGUAAAAAUUAGUGAUUUAAGAUAUGAUCAUUUGUACGACUAGCAUGCAUUCACAAUGUACGAUUAAAAUAUACGGCGUGCAAUAUUGUAUAGAAAUAAACACAUAUUUUGGCGUUGUGAACGUUAUGUAUUAUAGUAUGAAAGUCAGAUGUUACCUGUUAUGACAAAGUAAUUUGUAUUAUAGUAUAUGAUGAGACGUCGAAUGAAAGGUUUCUCAUUUGGAUAAUAUUAUUUUACGUGUGUAAAUAUGUUGUUAAAUUAUAGCUGUUGCUUUAUUGUAAAUAUUUUGUUACGACAUUUCUUUAUGUUUUGUGUACCGUAUAAUUUCUUAUAAGUUUUUAAACCAUUUAUUGAUAUUCAUUAAUCUACUUUAUGACUUUUUACAAACUUCUUCAUUUUAAUAUUAAAUGUUAAAUUUUCGUUUAUACGAUUCGACGUAAUUUAUAAUCACAGAUAUAAGAAAUAAAAAUAUAUUCCAAUGACAGACAUCUUAUAUUAUUAUUGAUUACUUAGUUAGUUCUCGGUAUAUAUUUAUUUUUUCUUCUCACACACAUUAUAAACCUCAUAAUAACAUUCAAGUUUAAAUUCGUAAUUUUUAUAAUUUAAAAUAAAUUAUGACUUAAAAUUUUAAUUUCUUAUUCAAAUAUUUUAUCAUUUUGGAAAUUUAAAAAAGAUAUAAGUAUAAACACAAUUUUCAUUUCUAAAAUUAACAAACUUAUGUCUGUGUUUAUAAUAUGAAUGUGUAUGUGAAUAACAUAAAUAUCCCAAAAAUUUUGGGAUAUUGUUGACGACAUUACCUGUGCGAAGAUGUUCUUAUAUUGAAUAAUAAUAUCUUUCCGGUACAACUUAGGGAGCUUGAUGUUAUUGCCGUGGAGUAAAUGUGAGACGUGAAUGCCAGACGGCUGUAAUAUGACGCCGGGUAUGGUUGUUGGUCAACGAGAACCAAACUGAAAAUUCUAGCUUAGAAAUCUUGUGUUAGCUAUCUUAUUAAAAAUGUUAAUAUGUCUUAUCUUGUCUCAUCAUGUCAUGGUUGACAUUUUCUUCGCGUUUGCGUAAUCUGUGAAAAUGUAAAUAACAGUCAUCCAACAACCGUAGUCAGCGUCAUUUUUAUAAAAACAGUUUUUGGACAAAUUAUACAUUGACUUUGAAUACACCUUUGACUUCUCACAAAGAAAAAUCUAUGCUAUUUUAAAUUAUAAAGUGGAACAUGUAUAGAGAUAAUAAAUAACCUGUUUGCCUCUGAAGAGAAGUGAAGCUAGACUCUUAAUCUCUACGUGAAUAAAAAACAUCAAUGUUACAUGUGUCAUUUCUAAUUUGUAAUGUAUUAUUAAGCACCAAAUUAUUAGCAGUUUAAUUAGCUAUUUAAGGCAGCGAAAAUGUGUUUAAUACCUACAUUUCAUCAUGGACUUUCAUUUGAAAAUAAAAGCUGUCAACGUUUUUGUCACAACUUGUUAUUUUACAUUUAUUAUUACCUAAUUAAAAUAUAGUCUAAUGCGUAGUCAAAAUCGUAAGUAACGAAUAUUUGAAUUAAGUUAAGCCAAUUUAAUAUUUCUACAUACCGUAUGGUAUAAUAGCCAAUUUAAUAUUUCUACAUACCAUACGGUAUGUAGAAAUAUUAAAUUGGCUAUAACAUACAUAUUUUGAAUAUAAAUUACACAAUUUCGUUGCAUAAAAUAGUGUUUGAGGUUAAAUAUGUAAGAUUUUUAGAAGUGCACAAUGUUACAAUUUAUUACUUAAAGUAUUAUGUGUACAUUAAUUAAAAUCUUAAUUAAUGAUGGUCAAAGAUCAUUUGAAUGUGGUGUCAUUGUGUGUAUUCAUUCGCGGUUUAGGCGCAUUGUAUGUAAAUUAACACAAAAUAGAAAUGGAAUUGUUACACAAAUUAUUUACAAUUUGUUUUGAUUAAAAUCGGUAUUUCAAAAAAAUAUGAAAACUUUAUAAAACAGUCAACAUAGUUUUCUAUGUAUGAGAUUUGCAACAUUGAUAUUGUUGAUAAUACAUACAAAUUUAAUUUAUAAUUAUUAAACGCCGAAUGUUACAUACUGGCAUAUAUGUUAUAAAAUGGCAAUAACUUAAUGCGGUCAUAAAGUACUUAAUACUUGUGAAGUUGGCUCCAAGCUAGUUUCAUAACACAUAAGAUUUCUAUUGUUGAGGUAAUAAUAAAAAUGUAAUCUAAAAUAGUCACCGAUAAUAGCGCUUAGAUCCACAAAAGAAGUAAAUUGUGAUGUGUUAUACCUACCUAAAGAUGAACGUACAAAUAAUGUGUAUAGAGUAACCAUAAAACAAUAUAAAGUAAUAUUUGUUUAGGACGUAAAAUAUUUUUGUACCAUUGUGAAAUAAAUAGUUCUGAUGUUUAGGCUACCGACCAAACUAAUUUUCAUUGUUAUUUAAUAAAUUGGAAAUAUAACUCGAAAUCGGUAAAGAAUAUAAUGAUAUUUAGUGAGAUAAAGCUUUACAAUAUCCCACGACCGUAGCAAUAUAAAAUUUCAUUCCAUUUACAUUCAUGGUUAGGAAGGUUAAAGUUGUUUGAUAGAUCAAUAAAGUACAAGUGAUGGCCUUGCUAUGUGACAACGUAAAGAAUAUAGAUGAGAACUAGUCGAAUCUACCUAUACAUAUAAUACAUAAUUAUAUUCAGAUACAAGCCUAUUUUAUCGAAACGCUAGAUGUAACAGCAUACAAUGCCGUCGCUUAGUUUACGAGUUUCGAUGAGAUCAAAAUGUAAACAAAGAAGGUUAUAUUUUUUGCAGAUUUACGAUAGCACCUCUAGUUUAUAUAAUGAGAGACUCUUAUCUAUUAUAUUGGGUAACACGUCCAUUUCACGAGUCAAACAUUGGUUUUCAGCGUAAUAAUAUAAUGUAAAUAGAUUGUGCUGUUAUGAUAAAUGCAUAGGUGCCUGAAACUAAAUAUAAAAAAAUAUUUUUGCAAACCAUCUUUAAAGAAAAGUCGAUAAUUGUUCAGAUAUAUAUAUUUAAAUAUGCAAGCAUGAAAUAGUAACUAUUAAAAUAUAGGUAUGCAAAAAACGUAGAUUUCUCUCGCUAACUCUAUUAUUCUAUCAUAUAGAUUAUAUAGUCCAGUGGAACUAUACUUUGUAAGGUAAAAAGCAUCGAAAGGAUGAACUUGACAAUAGCUACCAAUGUACGAGUAUGAGUGCAACAAUUGUUACCUACUUUUGGAAAACUACGAAUUAGUGUUUACAUUUUAAACAGUUCAUUUUAUCAUACUUUUAACUCUAGAUGAUAAAUAUCUUGUGAAUUGCUCUUUAAGUAAGAUUCCAUUAAGGUAUUAUGAAUUGAAUUCUUGGACAUUGGUAAAACAUCGUCUUCCAAAAUAAAACAUCAAAACCUUGCCUCACAAAUAUACAGACUGAUGAUCCCGGAGAUCAAGAAAUCUACACUCAUUGCUAUUGGGGCAAUAUGUGCUUGCAACGUUUUAUAUUAUUCACAUUAGUACCUAUUAGGCCCGAUGGUUCAAAGUUACGGGUACUUGUUGCUAUAUGUUUGGUUAGAAUAGUAAAACAUUAAUAAAGUAAUAUUCCUUGCUCAUUUCAUGACAUUCUGACGCAGGAAUUCUGACAUAGGCUUUUUGAUUGGAACGCAAAUUAAUUGUGCGAAAAUAAUUUAAAUAUUUAAAACAUUAAGAGAUAUUAUAUUCAUUCAUUGAUGUAAAGGAUAAUAAUACCUCAUUGUAAAAAUCAAUCUUGUAGAUGAUAAUUUAAUUGUAUAAACGGCUAGAACAUACCACAUGACGCGAUGUCGGUAUUUCUUGUAGUUGUUUUUUCUUAUCACGUACAACUUUCCAUUGGUUUAUAAUUUUAUUAUAAAAUUUAAGAUCUACGGACAUUUUUGAGCUAUAAUGGUAAUGUCGAGUAUAUUAUUAAGAGCAUGAUAGAUUUUACAAAUCAUUAUAUUAUGCCUCUGGAGAAAAUUGGUCUAUAUUGAAAUGUUAUGUAUAAUUUGGAAUUCUAUGUAAGAAAAGUAACUGUAACUUUUGUAUUUAAGAUAAAUAAUUAUAGUCCAUUGUCACAGAGUGAAUUUACCUAAUUAAAAUAUUUAAUAGGGUCCAAAUUUUCCAUCCAAAGUUUCAGAGACUUAACAUAAUAAUUGGACUGUAUUAACGAAUGUGAUACGUCGAUAUGUAAUAGAACUAUUUUUUUAAUAUGAUUUUGCUCUGUGAUAAGGGACUAACGAUCACUUAGCAUCGAGUUAGUAGAAACAUAGAUGUGUACGGGAAUCUUUGUUUCACAGCGUAAAAACAUAAUUAGUUUCAAAAUAACUUCGUUGUCUUAUGGAUUACUUCGAAACUACUUCAUAGAGGAUUUAAUUGUCGUUUUCUAGGGAUUUCUAAAAUUUCAUAUUUGUAAGAUUACGUGUGAUAAACAUAUUUAUUAUAUGUAGUUAGAUGGCAGUCGCUAACACAAGGAGACAUUUCCCGUACAAUACUGAUUUUAUUUUUUGUAUAAAAUCGUGUCUCUUGUCUUGGCCUGUCGUCUGUGAACAAGGGUAUUUUUAUAUUGUGUACAUUUCUUAGGUUAACAUUUUGUUAUAGAUUUUAAAAAGCUAAUUAUGUUUUUUCGAAACACUGCGUAGUGAUUUUAGGUAUUGGUUGCACGCGGACAACUCUUUCGCCCUAGAAAAGUUAAAUACUUAUUAUAACUCACAUAACAUAUUAUAACUAGAAGUGAUCACAGAAUACAAAUACAUAUUAACUGCAAAGGAUACAUAUUUUAAUUAAGACGAAGUGAGGUUAACUUCUCGUCUUCCAAUUUGCGAAACUCUAGAACAGAAAAAAACUAUCCAUUGGGCUUGGACGCACAAAAUAUUUUUGCCAUUACCGAUUUCGUAAAGUGUCGUCUCUUUCGCGAGAGUCAUUCGUUGGGGAGGACCCUGACAAAUUUCUACGUAGCUCAACGAGCUGAUUUUCUCUUUUCCAUGCCCUAGAGGUAUAGUUGGUCUGCGUCGCCAUAGUUUGUCUUGCGUGUAACUAUUAAGUCUGUGUUAUUUAGUUCUUCUUAUAUUAGUUAAGGCCUCUUGUGUUGCUGUGCAUUUCAAAGCAUUGAAUGUAUGUAUGUUUAUAUAUAUUAUUGUACAUAGAUAAAAUACUUAUAUUUUUACGAUUAGCAUACACAACCAAAGUUGUUAUAAAGUGAUGGUUGAUUUAAUUAUAAAUAUAAAUACCUAGGUCGUUUAUUUUUUAAAAGAUAACCCUGUAUACAGUUGUAUAUGGGUAACAUCCAAUAUAUUGCGAAGCCUUUCACAUAACCGCCCUGAUAUUAGAAAUCGAAUUUAUUAUUUUGUUAUGAAAGUCGGUAAUCUAAAGAAGUUAAAAUAAAUGUGCGAGUGUGGCUUACGCUCCUUUCGUUCCUAGUACCUUGUCCGGAUCAUUUACCUUAAUUGGUAUUUGUCAAUUACUAAAACCGACACAUGUUAUGUUCGUGGUACCCGGACGUCUAACAUUUAUUUAUAAUCUGGCGUUAUAUGACCUAUCACAUUAAGUUGUAUUUUUUUGUACAUUUUAGAUUCGAAAAUAUAUUAAUAUCUAAAUAACAG